AUGAAAAUACAUACCAGAGAAAAACCUUUUUCGUGUAAUAUCUGUGAAUAUAAAUGUAUUACAAAAAGUAAUUUGCAAAGGCAUAUGAAACUACAUACCGGAGAAAAACCUAUUUCGUGUAAUAUCUGUGAAUAUAAAUGUGUAGCAAAAAGUAAUUUGCGAACACAUAUGAAAAUACAUACUGGAGAAAAACCUUUUUCAUGUAAUAUCUGUGAAUAUAAAUGUAUUACAAACGGUAGUUUGCAAAAGCAUAUGAAAAUACAUACCGGAGAAAAACCUUUUUCUUGUCAUAUCUGUGAAUUUAGAUGUAUUGACAAAAGUAAUUUGCAAACACAUGUGAAAAUACAUACCGGAGAAAAACCUUAUUCAUGUAAUAACUGUGAUUAUAAAUGUAUCAGAAAAGGUGAUUUGCAAAGGCAUAUGAAAAAACAUUCCAGAGAAAAACCUUAUUUAUGUAAUAUCUGCAAAUAUAAAUGUAUUACAAAAUGUAAUUUGCAAAAGCAUAUGAAAAAACAUACUGGAGAAAAACCUUUUUCGUGUAAUAUGUGUUCAUUUAGAUGUAUUACAAAAAGUAAUUAG